AUGAUAAACAUCUCAACUACAUAUACAAGUAGUACUAGUGCUUCUCUCUUAUCGAAUGCUUUUUCUGCACUAAGUGAUCAGGAAUCUGUGGAUAACAACCCAUCUGGUGACACUGUUCCGCCUCAUGUGGAACAUAAUCCACAACAUGUGGAGCAGUUAGUGGCGUCUUCUCUCCCACAGUUGCGUCCCUCUCUACUUCGUGGUUCAAAAACAGCUCAUAAAGUCAUUUCGAACCCUUCUACUCAGCCACCUAGGGAUCGGAGUAAGAAGGGCCCCUCCAAACGAAUCACCGAGGGUAUGCGAGAUUUCCAAUCGGUGAUGAACUAUUGUUCAUUAGUAGAUUUGGCUUCUCAAGGUCCACGAUUUACCUGGUGCAACAAGAGGGAUAAUGAUAUGAUUUCCAAGAAGUUGGAUCGGGUCUUGGGGAAUGAGGUAUGGCUCGCUACUUAUCCAAAUUCCUAUAAUGUUUUUGAAGCAGGAGGGUGUUCUGAUCACUCUCGAUGUCGAAUUAACAUUGUUAGUCCAGCUGGAGUUCAUCACCGACGCAAGCCUUUUAAGUUUUUGAAUGCUAUGGUACAUAUGCCUGGUUUUAAACCGUUGUUGGAGGAGUUUUGGGAGAGUACUGAAGCCAUUCACUUGUGUACUUCCUCGCUUUUUCGAUUUACUAAGAAGCUCAAGGCACUUAAGCCGAAGCUCCGUUCUCUAGCUCGGGGUACACUAGAAAAUUUUGUCGUCAAAACUAGGGAGGCGUAUGCUACUCUUUGUGAGAAGCAAGCCUUGAACCUAUUAAACCCCUCUGCAAGUGCGAUGGCAGAAGAAAAAAUGGCGUAUGACUGUUGGAGUUUUGUUGCAGGCCUAGAGGAGAAGUAUUUGAAGAAGAAAGCAAAGCUCCAUUGGCUGCAGGUUGGUGAUCAGAAUAACAAAACCUUUCAUCGAGCAGUUCAGGCUAGGCAAUCACACAAUAUGAUUCGGGAGAUUCAGAGACCUGAUGGUAGUACUCUCUCUGAUGUCGAGGGGAUUAAGAGUGAAGCAGAACGCGAUUUUAAAGACUUUCUUCAACACAUUCCAUCAGACUUUGAGAGUGCAACGGUCGCGGAGUUACAGGAUUUGCUGGUUUUCCGUUUUGCUUCAGAAGAUAAGUACAGGCUCACUCGACCAGUCACAGCGGAGGAGAUAAAAAAUGUUAUGUUCUCUAUGCCAUAUGAUAAAUCACCGGUGCCUGAUGGUUUUCUUCCCAAAGGUGCUAAUUCAAAUAUUCUUGCUCUUAUUCCUAAGAGGGUGGAGGCCCGGGAAAUGAAAGACUACAGACCGAUUUCAUGCUGGAAUCAGUCGGCUUUUGUCAAGGAUAGACUACUGAUUGAGAAUGUCCUCCUUGCUGCCGAACUCGUCAAGGACUAUCAUAAAGACUCAAUUUCCCAUUGGUGUGCCAUAAAAAUUGAUAUCUCUAAAGCUUUCGAUUUUGUGCAAUGGGCCUUCCUUCGUAAUGUUCUCGCUGCUUUGGAUCUCCCACAUGAAUUCAUUCAUUGGCUUAUGCUUUGUAUAACAACAGCACCCUUCUCGGUUCAAGUUAAUGGGGAGCUUGCAGGUUUUUUUAACAGUUACAGGGGAUUAAGAAUGUUGGAUAAGGAGGCUGGAGGAAAAUUUGGUUAUCAUCCACACAGUCAGAAUCUUGGACUCACCCACAUGAGUUUUGCUGAUGAUCUUAUGAUCUUAUCUGACGGCAAAGUGAGGUCUACAAAAGGCAUUGUCGAGGUUUUUGACAGUUUUGCUAGGCGUUCAUGUCUGAAGAUAAGCAUGGAGAAAUCUACAAUAUAUUUGGGAGGUCUGUCUGAUGUUGAAUGCUAA